GUUGCUUGUCGUGGUCGUGAACAGCCGUGAGCUGCGCUUCUCUCCACCAACUCACAGCCGUCUAGAUCUCAACGUUUGCGUGCGUAACUCGCUCGACUUGUAAGAUAUUGCUAGAGUCUUGUGCUGGUCGAAUGACGGGUGGAAGAGGAUUGCUUGCGCCGUCGGUUUCAGUGGCACUUCUUGCUGCAGUGGUGCUCCUUCACGUUGUCGCAUCUCAAGAGACGAAGACUGCGUGUAGUGGCGGCAACUGCUGCAACUGCAAGCCUCUGUGCGACUGCGUAGGCAAGAAAGGCGACCGAGGAAUACCCGGUCCUAAUGGAAUCGACGGAGCUCCUGGCCCUCAGGGAGGUGAAGGUCCGCCAGGCCACCCUGGUGAAAAGGGGCAACGAGGUCACAAAGGUGACACUGGACCAAGAGGGUCAAUCGGAAGAACGGGUGUAACAGGAUUUCCAGGCCUUCCUGGAGACAGAGGAGACAUGGGUCAUCCUGGUGAGUCGGGCCCGAUGGGUUUGCCUGGUUUAGAGGGCUGCAAUGGCACGAAUGGACUACCUGGUAGAGAUGCUGAUAAAGGUGACAAAGGAGUUCCUGGCAGUAGAGGAGACAGAGGUGAUGCUGGACCAAAAGGUGAACCCGGCAAUGUUACUGUAGUUGAUGGUAUUCCUGGCAUGAAGGGUGACACUGGAGCUCCUGGAUCUUCGGGAGAAAAGGGCACGAAGGGUGAAAUGGGGGAGAAGGGAGAUAUGGGAGAAUCCGGCGAACAAGGCCAAGACGGUCAAUCCGGAAUUGACGGAAAUAAAGGCCAAAAGGGAGAAAUAGGGAAUUCGCAAAAAGGUGAAAAGGGAACUAAAGGACAACAGGGACCAGAGGGACAGAAAGGAGAGCCACAAACGCAAGCAUUUAUUGUGACAAGCGAAGGCAUCCGCGUCAACAUAACAAAA